GGUGUGCGAUAAAGACGAGGCGACGAGGGGGUCUCGCUCACACAUCAGACCGCGAGCAGUGGUGCGCGGUAGGUAGUGAGAAUCGCGCGUAGGGCGCGAGAUAGCCGAAGUGACAAACUGUCAAGAUCAGCAGGCAAUAGUAUAAACUAUAAAACCGGUUUCAAAAUGUCAAAUCGAUCAUGGGUAACGCUGGCGACAAACGAUUCAUACGCUCUGGGAGCCCUUGUGUUGGCACAUUCCUUACAGCGAGCUGGAUCAGUAUACUCCGCAGUAGUUCUUAUAACACCAUCAGUAACUGAUGCUAUGAGAGAACGUCUUCGAGCUGUAUUUGCUGACGUCAUCAUCGUGGAUGUGUUGGACUCUCGUGAUGCGGCUCACCUAGCUCUCUUGCAAAGACCCGAACUGGGUAUCACGUUCACGAAAAUUCAUUGCUGGGGACUCACUCAGUUUGAAAAAUGCGUUUUUCUUGAUGCUGAUGCGUUGGUGGUGCAGAACUGCGACGAGCUGUUCGAGCGAGAGGAGCUGUCGGCCGCGCCCGACGUCGGCUGGCCCGACUGCUUCAACUCCGGAGUCUUCGUGUUCACACCCUCGAAGGACACCUUCGACGCCCUCAUCAAGUUCGCUAAGGAGCGCGGCAGCUUUGAUGGUGGGGACCAAGGCUUGCUGAAUUCUUUCUUCUCGGAUUGGGCACAUGGAGAUAUCAAGAAGCAUCUGCCUUUUCUGUACAAUGUCACAUCAGCAGCGUUUUACUCUUACUUGCCAGCUUUGAAACACUUCGGUCAGAACCUGAAGAUCAUCCACUUCAUUGGCGCCGCCAAGCCGUGGCUGCAGACUUACAACUGGGAGUCGCACACUGUCGAUGCUCCGGGACACCUCCAGCAAUUCCUGCAGCUCUGGUGGACCAUCUUCGUCACCUCCGUCCACCCUCAACUAGAUGUAGCCAUGGAAGAGGCGGAAGUUUGGACGGACCCCCCGCCCCCACCACACACUCACUACUAUGUACCGGAAGUCAACCCCUACUCUGAGUUCCCUUGGCAUCACAUGAACUAUGAUGAAUCUCAACAGGAAAAAGAACAAAACCAGACAGAUUUUUCUGAAUAUAUAGAUCCAUGGAAAUUGUAUGAAGGGAAUCAAACGCUUACUCAAGAUCUGAAGACUGAGGAAGAAAGAGUAAUAUUUAUGGAAGAGUUGAGAGAUUAUGCUUCAGAAUUUGCACCGCAGCAGCAAUAUCUGGAAUCAUCACACUCACAUAAUUCGCACAAUUUCCCAACGCCACACCAGCAUCAUGAGCAUCAUCAUCACGAUGCACACUAUGAGCACCAUCAUUCACAUCAUCAACCAGACUAUUCCGAUAACACAUCUGAACAAAGUCAUCGGAGUAAUCAAAAUCAGCAUCAUCAGCACCAACAAAGUCAUCAAAGUUACUACGACGAUCAUUCUUGGCCAUAUAAUAAACAGACGGGCGUUGCGGGCACGUUGGCGCGCGUGGUGGUGGGUUCAGCGGCAACUCAGAGAGAUGCGCUGGACGAGCUCACCCGUCGCCAGGGCUGGGAGGCUGGCAACAUCGACUACAUGGGCGCCGACUCCUUCGACAACAUCUGGGCCAAAAUCUCGCAGACACUCAACCAAGCGCCAAAAGCUAAGGAACCAUCCCCACCGCCAAAAGCGCCGUCUCCACUAAAAGAAAACACCCCAAUUGCAGCACCUUCACCAGCUGUCAAACAACCAUCUCCACCAAAAGAACCAGCACCAGUGGCAGCCCCCGCUCCAGUGGUAGCUACGGCUCCAGUGGAAGUCCCAGCUCCAGUAGCAGCCCCGGAACCAGUGCCAGCUCCAGCCCAAGUGGAAGUCCCAGCUGUAGUGGCAGCCCCAGCUACAGUGGAUGCCCCAGCACCAGUGGUAGCUCCAGCUCCAGUGGCAGCCGCAACUCCAGUGGAAGUCCCAGCUUCAGUAGAAGUCCCAGCACCAGUGGCAGCUCCAGUGGAAGUUCCACCUCCAUCUGCAGUUGAAGCAUCAGCCACAGGUACUGAAGUUGCAUCGCUGAUCGAUCCGGCAUCACUCCCAGCUACUGUAUCGGAUCUAGUAAAAGCAGCACCAACUAAAAAUGCUGAACCCCCAGUGGUACCUCCGACGCCACCAGUCACACCAAAAUCCACUCCGGAAGCUUCUACAACACCUGUGUCUGAAGUCCCUCCAGUAGUAACAGCUACUACUCCAGUGCUCACAGCUACAGAGCCAACCGUUCCGGUAGUGGCACCGGCUACUCCAGCCACGCCAUUGCAGGAAGUUGUGCCGGAGCUGGCCGCCGCAUCUGCCGCAUCCCCUAAGGUUGCUGGCGAGGCUACGCCGGUGCAAUCUACUGAGGGCAAUCUCACCCCUCUUAAAACCCUGGACCUAUCUGGCUCCACAGACAGUCCGCCGCUAGCUAACACUCCCUCCAAAGAAGAACCAUCGGACGCCGCUAAAACGGGAGAGGAGCGGUCGCGGCGGCCGCGCGGCAAGCUGCAGCUGUCCCCGCCGGGCGCCGCCGCCGCCGCGCUGCCCACGCCCGACUCCGAGCUGGAGGACGCCGCCUCGCUGGCGCAGCGCAUCAUCGCCAGCGAGCUCGCGUCCCCCGCCGUGACCGCCGCCACGCCCCCCGCGCCCGCCUCGCCGCCGCCCCCCGCCGCCCCGGCGUCCGCCACCCUCGCAGCCACACCCGUCCACCUAGACACACCGCCAGCUGGACCCGUCUCGCUUGCUCAGAUAGGUGUCAAGCCAAAACCUACAAUAGCUUCACAAAUAGAAUCCUCCGUCUCGGAGGUUACAUCGGAAUCUGAUGCACAGUCGACGCCCAAAAAAAAAUUGGUAAAAAAAGCAGUUAAGAAGGACACGAGUGGUGAGGCGCCGGUGCCCCCUCCGCGCAAGAAGGAGAAAAAGCCCAAAGAUAAAUGAGCUCUCCGCACAAUCAUGCUUAGGUAGUUCCUCUGUGCCAUAACAUUUUUUUUAUAAUCACCGACUAAGUUUAUCGAAUACUUACUUAAUUAUGCUUUUAUAUCAUGUAACAGUAACUUUUUUUAUAAGAUAAUCUACUUAUAUACUUUUUAACUAGGUACUAUUUAAUCCACGGCCAUUAUUGUAUAUUCUAGUCCAUAUUGGAGUCAAUUAUUUGUUACCUACUGAUGAUAUAAGAAAUUUUUAAUAGAUAUUAUUCCUUAUACAGUUAAACAUGAAUUCGGAACAGGUAAUAAAAUAGUCUUAAUAAAUAGUAAGGAAAAAAUAUAUAUGUCUACCUUAAAAGGUACG